AUGGCGUGUGCAGUGGAGGAUGGUGUAGCCGUUAUCGAGACAAACUCACUACAGCUCUUUCAGGGUGUGUGUAAACCAUAUCCUCUCCAUCCAUGUGGAAAGCACGAAAAUCAGACGUACUAUGGCGAAUGUCCAAACCACACGUACAGAACUCCGGCGUGCAAGAAGUACUGCCAAUAUGGAUACGACAAGCGCUAUGAUAAUGAUAAAGUCUACGUGACUUCGGCAUAUCAGGUUAAUAGCGAUGAGGCCGCUAUCCGAGCAGAGAUCAUGAGCAGAGGACCCGUUCAAGCGGCAUUCACCGUCUAUGGCGACUUUAUGCUCUACACAGGGGGAAUUUAUGUGCACACAGCAGGCAAACUGAUGGGAGGACACGGUGUGAAAAUCAUCGGAUGGGGAGUGGAAAACGGAACGAAAUAUUGGACAGUUGCCAACUCGUGGAACAGCGACUGGGGAGAAGACGGUACGUGGUUUCAACGUCAUUCUUAUUCUUGUUACUUGAAAAGAGACAUUUUCAAUUUGCUCUACAUAGAACUGCAAAAAACAAUCUUG